CUCCAUGAGCAGCAGCGUCUCCUCUGAGUCGUUUCUCUGUGGAGGAAAACGCUUAGUCUGACUGGAAACAUCAGUGGAAAAUCACGCAGGUCAUGGCGCCCGGCUCCAGACUGGCGGUGGUGUGUGGAGGCUCCGGGGGGAUCGGGAGAGCCGUGUCCCGCCUGCUGGCACAGAGGGGCUGCAGGGUGGCGGUGGUCUCCAGGAACCAAGACUCUGCCCGGGCCACUGUGGCUACUCUACACGGAGGUGACCAUGUGGCUCUUAGCUGUGACGUCUCCAAAGAGCAGGAGGUGCAGAAAACCUUUGACACGAUCCAGAAAACCUGUGGAAACAUCUGCUACCUUGUGAACGCAGCUGGAAUCAACAGGGACGCUCUCUUGCUGAGAACCAAGCCGGAGGACAUGCUGGCUCUGCUUCACACCAACUUGUUGGGCCCCAUGCUGACCUGCAGGGCGGCGCUAAAGAGCAUGCUGCACACACAGGGAGCUGCCAUCGUUAAUAUAGGCUCUGUAGUGGGCCUCAAAGGGAAUGCUGGUCAGUGUGUGUACAGUGCCAGUAAAGCUGGUCUGGAAGGCUUCACACGAUCUUUAGCUAAAGAAGUUGCUUCACGUAAUAUCAGGGUGAAUCUUCUGGCUCCAGGUUUCAUUCGCACCGCCAUGACCUCAGGGCUAACAGAGGAGGAUCGGGGGCGCUCCAUUCCGCUGGGGCGGUUUGGCGAGCCAGAGGAAGUAGCCCCGGCUGUUCUCUUCCUCUUGGAGAGCUCCUACAUAACAGGACAGGUGCUGGUGGUGGAUGGAGGGCUGCAGUUGACCAUGUAGGGAGCAAAGACUUAUCUCACCUUUCCAAAUAGCAGCAAUGAGGCAGCCACUCUUUUUGAAUGUGAUAUGACAUAUAAACUGAGGAAGUGGUUCAGGAAUAAGAAGAACCCCCAGUGGACCUGUGGAUCUGACUGGCAGAAGUGAACUUUCAAACUUCAUAACACGUCAUGGUGGAAGUUGAGUGUUGCUCUUACUCUGAAACUCAGCCACACAGCCUUAAGAGGUUGUAAAAGUUUUGAAAAGGCCGUUAUGAAACAUCUGCCAGAGGACCACUGUCCUGCUGUAGAGGCGCUGUGUCCACCCUGAGGGGGGCGUGGCCUCAUGUGUGUGACAGUCGACCAUCGUGACUAACGUCGCUGACUCCAGAUUGUCUGACCCGGUCCAGACCUCGGUUCCCAGAGGCCCUAAAUUUGAUCAGCAGAAUUAACGCUCUCGGUCUUUUUCCAUGACUGUCACGCUCCCCGCCACUGAGCGCCGCGCUCAUGUUUUGUUCCCCCCACCUCCCACAGGAAACCCCCCCACAGCCCCCCCGAGCCCACCUCUGGAGGGGCCGGUGGAGGGGCCAGGCGUGUGGGGCUGCAGCUGGAGGAAAUUAAGAGGUGGUGGUGUGGUAUUUUUAGCUCUGGGAACAUUGUGAGUGUCUGGUUACAGCUCUGGUCCUGGGGGGGGUGGAUGAGGUUGGAGGUGAUUGUCAUGCUCAGUGAUGAGGUUUGAAAUGUUGUUCUGCUUGUUACUUUCAUUGAAACCUGCUGUUACCUUAACUGUCAAAACCGCCUCUAAAUGAGCUUUUAUGAAGAUGCUCUCACCUGUAUCCUCAACAUUCAAUUUCCAAUAA